AUGGUUCUGGGCCAAGAUAUUAUUUUGUUGCUUGAUGAGAAUGAGUCGUUGCACUUGGAAAAUGGUAGCAUGCGUGAUGAGUUCAAGACAAUAUAUGAUCUGAUUAAGCCGUUUGUGGUGUCAUCUAAAGGGGUUGCUCAUAACGUGAAAUUGUUUCAUAACCGACAUGUGGAGCUUGUGGGAAAAGUUGUUGAGUUGGAGAAAUUCAUGCCGAAUGUGGAUAAGGUGGAUAAGGAGGUUUCGAUGUUAAAGGCCACUUUAGCAUCUCUCGAGUUAGAGAAAACCAAUUUGUUAGAUAGAAUCGAUAUGCUAGAGCAUGACGUUCAGAAGCUAAAAGGUGACCUAAGUGAGUCCGCCCUGCGAAAUACUGAUUUGCAAGCAAGAGUUGUAGGACUAGAGGGUCAACUAAGCAAAAUGAAUGAAAAUGUGUCUUGGGCUAACCGUGAUCUACAAUCCAUUUGUGUGGAAUUUGGAAGGAGAGAAGGUUGUGAGAUGAUGAACAUUGAGUUUAAGAUGGGACUUCAUGAAACCGAUUUUUCAUUAUAUGACCCUUCAUGCAUGCAGAAAAUGGAAGAAGCCUUUUCAGCUUUGUUUUGUGAUGGCUAUUUAUCUAAGUUUGCUUUUCCUUUGACAAGUGUUGAUCAGUUGCGUAUGUUGGUUGAGCGUGAUGGUGGUAAUGGUGCUUCUACGAGUGGUCAUGGUAGGCACAACGAGUUGUGA